CGGCUGCGCGGCGCCCGCCCUCCCUCAGCCAGAGCAGCUCGCCUGAGGCUGCUGAGGCGGCGGCCGGUGUAGUGGUCUCGGUACCUGUUCCAACCGCGGCUCGCGGGCCCGUGCCGGUCCCGGUCCCCGGCGCGGCCGUCCGAGCCCCUGCGGCGGGCGGGCGAUGGUGCGGCGGAGCGCGCGGACGCGGGCGGCGCGGCGGCGGGCAUGAAGGAGGAUGGAAGGGCAGGACGAGGUGUCGGCGCGGGAGCAGCACUUCCACAGCCAAGUGCGGGAGUCCACGAUAUGUUUCCUUCUUUUUGCCAUUCUCUACGUUGUUUCCUACUUCAUCAUCACAAGAUACAAGAGAAAAUCAGAUGAACAGGAAGAUGAAGAUGCCAUUGUCAACAGGAUUUCGUUGUUUUUGAGCACAUUCACUCUCGCAGUGUCAGCUGGGGCUGUUUUGCUUUUACCCUUCUCAAUAAUCAGCAAUGAAAUCCUGCUUUCUUUUCCUCACAACUACUAUAUUCAGUGGCUAAAUGGCUCCCUGAUUCAUGGUUUGUGGAAUCUUGCUUCCCUUUUUUCCAAUCUUUGUUUAUUUGUAUUGAUGCCCUUUGCCUUUUUCUUUCUGGAAUCAGAAGGCUUUGCUGGCCUGAAAAAGGGAAUCCGGGCCCGCAUUUUAGAGACUCUGGUCAUGCUUCUUCUUCUUGCAUUACUCAUUCUUGGGAUAGUGUGGGUAGCUUCAGCACUCAUUGACAAUGAUGCUGCAAGCAUGGAAUCUUUAUAUGAUCUCUGGGAGUUCUAUCUACCCUAUUUAUAUUCCUGUAUAUCAUUGAUGGGAUGUUUGUUACUGCUCUUGUGUACACCAGUUGGCCUUUCUCGUAUGUUCACAGUGAUGGGUCAGUUACUAGUGAAGCCAACAAUUCUUGAAGACCUGGAUGAACAAAUUUAUAUCAUUACCUUAGAGGAAGAAGCACUCCAGAGACGACUAAAUGGGCUGUCUUCAUCGGUGGAAUACAACAUAAUGGAGUUGGAACAAGAACUUGAAAAUGUAAAGACUCUUAAGACAAAAUUAGAGAGGCGAAAAAAGGCUUCAGCAUGGGAAAGAAAUUUGGUGUAUCCUGCUGUUAUGGUUCUCCUUCUUAUUGAGACAUCGAUCUCGGUCCUCUUGGUGGCUUGUAAUAUUCUUUGCCUAUUGGUUGAUGAAACAGCAAUGCCAAAAGGAACAAGGGGGCCUGGAAUAGGAAAUGCCUCUCUUUCUACGUUUGGUUUUGUGGGAGCUGCACUUGAAAUCAUUUUGAUUUUCUAUCUUAUGGUGUCCUCUGUUGUCGGUUUCUAUAGCCUUCGAUUUUUUGGAAACUUUACUCCCAAGAAAGAUGACACAACUAUGACAAAGAUCAUUGGAAAUUGUGUGUCCAUCUUGGUCUUGAGCUCUGCUCUGCCUGUGAUGUCGAGAACACUGGGAAUCACUAGAUUUGAUCUGCUUGGCGACUUUGGAAGGUUUAAUUGGCUGGGAAAUUUCUAUAUUGUAUUAUCCUACAAUUUGCUUUUUGCUAUUGUGACAACAUUGUGUCUGGUCCGAAAAUUCACCUCUGCAGUUCGAGAAGAGCUUUUCAAGGCCCUAGGGCUUCAUAAACUUCAUUUAUCAAAUACUUCAAGGGAUUCAGAAACAGCCAAGCCUUCUGUAAAUGGGCAUCAGAAAGCACUGUGAGAUGCACAGACGGCGUCUUCUACAACCAAGAGACCUGAGGACUCCAGACUCAUGACAUUCCUGUCCCAUGUAGAAGCAUUUCCAUUUCAACCUUGGCUCCUCUUCAGAACCUAGACCUAUCAGUGCCAUUUUUUUUCAUAGUCUACGAAGAACUUGGCUAUGGCUGAUCUUUUUUAAAAUUUAACUUUCUGAUAGACCCUGUAGUUUCCAGUUAAAUGCAGAUUCCUUAGAGACGUAUAGAACAGCGCAUUCUUCUGUAGACAUUUUCUCAUAUCGGUAAAUACAAUCAUCCAUAUGAAAAAAUUGUUUUCACCUGAUAUGAAAAUGUUAGAAAAGGCAAACUCCGGGACUUCUAAAGAUUUACUUAAAUCCCAUUAUAUACUUUAUUCAGAAUGUAGAAGCUGACCUGAAAUGCAUCCUUGGUACCAAGUGAAGCUUCUUCAGAAAAUGCAUUUUUCAAAUGCAAUAGGAACUGUUUGUAGAUAUCAUUAUUGCAGUGUGUGUUGGAGCUGUAAUGGUUGCAGUUAUGUUUCUUAUUUCCCUAAAAGCAAAAAGCAUAGUUUCUGAUUUAUGUUACAGAAUGAUACUGAUUAGACUUUGAGCCAAGAGGAAAAUACUAAAUUCUUUUAAACCUGGAGCCUUAGAGAGCCACAGGAAUAUCUUCUGUUGUACAGUCUAAUAAGCUAUGGUAGGAAGUAUCAUGUAAUCACAGUUUAAUGACGGUUUAUGUGUAUAAUUCAGUAUUACCUCUGAUAACAUAGUUGCCAGUGUUUAAUACACUUGUAACUUGGAUUUUUGCCUUAUAGGCUAUAUGUAUACACAGUUUUUUAAAGCAUUUUUUUCAAAGAUCACUUAGUUCCCCAUGCUUCUGUAAUGCUUAUGAAAACUAUAAAUGCUGAGUGGUGGAAACUCCUUCUUUCCUCAUAGUCCUCGGGCUUUGGUUACUUUUGCGUAUGCCAUUUGAAGCCUCCAGCAUUUACCAGUUUGACAUCCAAAGUUCACAGCAUCACCAUUCAUGGUGUAAGAACAGUUUUGCAGUAUAACACGAUCUGAUAAUCAGUUAUUCAGUUGUAAAUAAUUACUGGGAUGGUUUCUUGGCUUUAAGUCUACUGAAUAAAAUCUAUGAAAUUGUACUCUGUGUUAACCAUCCACUAGGAUAGAAUACCGGCAACUGUGCGUGCAAAAAAUACGAGAUGGGUCCAUUUGCACACAAUUCGUAGUUAUGCAAUCUAUUAUAUAAAUAUGUUCACAUGCACUAUGUGUAUGAAAAUAGAUUGUGUUCAGACGAAAGUAAAACAUUUUUUUCAAAUUGUUAAAUUUAAAGGUUUUCUGGGAGAAAUUUAUGAAAACCAGGCUGUGUCUAUUUGACAUCAGAAAUUUCCAGUUAAACUAAAAUAAUGAGAAACUUUAAUCUGUAUAUUUAUAACCUUCAUUGAGUAUACUUCCCCCUUAUUUAUACCUCUGCAUUUCCUUCUGCACUUCACAUCUUUCUAAAAUGCAGCUUGCUUUUAAAAUAAAAGAACAUUCAUUUUGUGAUUCUCAACAACCUUCAGUAAAUACCAGUAUGGUACUGGUGAAUUUCUCAGCAUAAAAUCGACAUCCCUAAAAAGUUAAUAAAAUUCAGCUCUUUUCCAAUUUCAUUGUUAGGCCUAUUGAAGUAUUAAUAGCAAGGUUUCAUUUUUAGUGAAACUUGGAAUCCGUACUUUGAGCAGACUAAGUCAAGGGAAGAACGGAAAGAAACUCAGGAGUAGAGUAAUGUCACUUUUCACUGACGCCACUUUCAGGGCACUUCCAAAGAGUUCCUAGAUACUUGUAAAAUGUCUGAAAAAUUUUAAGUAAUAAACUUUUCAAUGUUUAGCUCAACUUUUUGUUCAUUUGGAAGUUUCUCUCCCUCCGAGGACUUACGCCAGUUUUGGAUUUGUAAGCCCAGAGUCCAGUACACUUCCUGGAGGCAUCGUCACUGCUGUUGAAACAAAGAAUGUGCAUGGGGUGGAAGGACGGCUUCGAACCUCUGGACUCAGCCUCGAGAACAAAUACAGAUUGUUACAGCCCUGGGCUGCUGCAUAAUCACAGUUCCUCGAGCCUCUUCCAGGGCAUAUGCCCAAGCUCUGCCUCUUGAGAGACUGACUCCAAAUGCAGGUGCUUCCACUGGACCUAGGUUGGAAGCUGCUUUAUAUGACAGACUCCAGACAUGGAUGCCAGAAUACGGAGGCCAAACGUUCUGAGUGCUGGUGAGGACAGUUGCUCUUGGGGUUUUCAUUUUACUGCGGUUCCUGUGCACCAGUGAAAGGAGAUAGACCCUGGAAGGCAGAGCUGCAGAUGCUUGUCAUCAGGUCGAUUCUGGAGCUACAGUUUUGUUUCUGACUGGAUGGGGACGCAGUGGUGACUGUAUCAAAUCAAGCAGUCCUUUUCUUCUCUCUCCUUUAGUAUCAAUUUUAAAGUGCAUUAGGCACUGUGGUUUCAGAGUUUCUUGGGGAAACUUUGCAGAUUCGUAUUCAUUGGUUCUGCGAUACUUAAAUAAAUUAUUUUACAAUUAUA